UCCAAUGCUAAACCACAUUUAACACAUCAAGCAACUGUCUAUUGCGAGCAGAGCAGUAAGUAGUAUUGUACAUAGAAAAUGUUAUCUUGUUAGUAUAGGCUACUCAUAAAACGCAUAGGUCGAUGUUGAAAGGGAUUUAACAGAAGGCACCUUAAAUUAAUUUGUGGUCACGUUUACUUCCUUCGUCAUUUGAAUACCUAAAUGGAAGCGCAUGCCUUAUCACUAGUUGAUUUGACCCUAACUACUCACACUUGAAGCUCACGCGAUGAAGCGAAUAUCACUAUCAUUGACUAGAACCAUCACGUGCGCUACGGACUUCCAGGAACAACGAUAACAGAAGAAUACACAUACAAGCAAGCUGGUCGCAGUAUCCUCAUUACAACCGCGCAGUGUGAGCAGCGAGGGCGGGGCCUGCCGAAAUAAAUGUGGGGAGGGAAAACCGAAGACAACAAACCCUUGAAAUGAGCAGAUCGCCUCCGUGUUCGGCCAUGGACGACAAACGUCACUGUCCUCUUCCCACGCAGGGCAAGGGAGGCUCGAGGGCCACGACGACACAGUCCGCCGUCCAAGCAGAAUGGGAACGAGAGCGUUGCCGGGCAUGGGCCCGCGAGCAGAGCAACAUGGUCAGCUCCACGCCCGACAGAGCGAAGCGCGGUGGCAGCAAUGGCGACGAGGCGUCCGGCGUACCCUGCAAGGUGCCCCGGUUCCAGUACGUGGACUUCCCCUCCCUCCACCAGUGCAUACGCCAGCUCAGUGUGCCCCCGCUAGAGAACUGGUUGGCGGGCUGCCGUGUCAGCGUCGGGAGACCGCCACCUGCUGGCCUGGCUCCCAGCACCACCACCGCCGCUAGCCCCAAAGAGAGGGCGCCCAAGUUCAAGUAUGUGGACUACCCCUCGCUCUACCACUGCAUCCAGCAGCUAUCGGUGCCUCCUCUGGAGAGCUGGAGCUCGGGGCUGCCCCAGCCCAGGGCCGGUGAUAAUGGGCAGAGCGGGGGGGCCAGGGCCACCUCACAGACUGCUGCCGUCCCCUCCACCAGGGAGGACCAGGCCACUCAGACCUCGCCGUCACCCCCUCGUCGUGAUGUUGCGUCGCAAGCCGCUCGCGAGCUGGAGGGCAGCUCAGCUCUGCUCUCGCUUCACCACGACCUGACGGGCAGACGUCCGGGGACGAACGUCACGGCGUCACGGAAGCGAAAGCAAAGCGCUUCUCCCUCGUUCGCACCCUUAUCAGCGGGAUCCAAAACGGGGCGCCCGCGGGGGAGUUCUUCCCCUGAUGACGGCCCGAUGGGAUCAUCACCUCCGAUGCAGCAGGGCUCUUCCCCUGGCUCGCGCUCUGGGGUGUCAGCAUGCCCGGAUCCAGGCGGCGCCCAGCCCGGUCCAAAGGCAACCACGAGGCCAUCGGUUAUCAGUUUGCACCCGGGAAAGAAGCAGCCACCAUGGAAGCACCAUCCGGGACCGCUGCCGGGCUGUCCUAGCGACGCCUCCUCCUUCUCCGAGGCGCUCCGGAGGAGAGCACAGCUGGAGGGUCGAGUCUGCCCCCUUUGCCAAGAGGUGUUUGCUGGCCCACAGGAGCUGAGAGAGCAUCAGGAGGACAGUCAUUAAAGGGCAACGUCAGCCUGGAUAUGUAGUUAUCCAGUAACAACAGCAUAACAGCAUAACAACGGUGACAUAUAGCUGCAUGGUCACCAUUGGAGAUUGGAGGCUAUAUUCUAAAAGGUUUUUUGUGAUGUUAUCAAGGCGUGUUGUGAUAUAUACUGAGUACGAUAUUUGUGCUGGUGGGAAACUAACACGAUCAUGUAUGUCUCUUCGGAGACCACUGAAAAUAUUCCUUUUUCUCCUCGUACGCUGGAGAUGACUGCUGAUCAGCUAUGUGUGAGCAGAGGAGCAGGGAAGCUGUCAGGGAAGGGACAAGGGAGGCAGUUGUCCCGGGCCCAGCAGGGCAGAAUUGGGUCCUCAUUACAUUGUAUGUAUUAGGUAGAGGGGGCCCUUCAGAUAACUUUGUCCCGGGUCUGGCCAAAGCUGUCAACAACCCUGCAGAGGAGCAGCACGUUGGCAAAAAAAGCUAAAAGCUGUUUGACUAGGCCGGAGUAAUGCGGCGCUCUAUUGCACAUGACAUUAACAUGGACUGAAUACACUAUCUCACACACAUGCACACAUACACACACACACACAGACACACACACACACACACACACACACACACACACACACAAUAUGAAGGAAAUGUAACUGAGAGGAUUAUCACAUCAGUCAUACGUAACAAAUUAAUUCUGUCUGUUACUAUUUGGCACUAGAGCACAUGCGCUAAACAAGGAACAUGUGUACCAUAAUAUAUCUCUUAAUGACUCUUAAUUCCCCUAAUGAAAAAAAACACCUUGAGAGAGUAUGCUCUUGUUUUCAAUCUUUUCCAUUUUUUGUUUUUAUUCUUUAUUUUUUGUGCAAUGGGCACAGGAUGAACUUUAGCUUUAAUGUUUCCUCUUGAAAGGGAUGGCAGUGUUUUUGCUUGUUUACAUGCUGAUGGUCCUGGGAGUGGGAAGGCUAAGGUGUCGUCAUGACGACAUUAUCGGUCAGAGGUGUCAGUCUCAGACAGUAAAAAAAACCCUGCUAAAUAAUUCAUCCAACCGUUUUCUUAACCAGUUGGACAAAUCAUCAAGGAGGUACUUCAGGUAAUUAUUUAAAUUGUCUGAGUUAGUAGAGUUGGGGUGAUUAUAUGCUGAGCUUUUUUCGCUGUCUGAAGCUGGAAUUCAGGAAGAUUUGUCACCAGUGUCCAGUUUGCUUGAGAAAAGAUGACAGAAACUUCUUGCCCCAAAUGAGUCAAGAUACAUAUAGCUAUACUGUAGAUGUGCUUUAACAUCGUCUGAAACAAGACAGUUGCAUUUCUCAUUUCAUACACUCGUUUCAGGCAAGAGGUUUCUAGCUUUUUUUGUAAACUGGACUUAUUUUUUUACAGUUCUGUGAAGUCUGACUUGUUGCACUGGGGAAGGUGCACGAAACGUGCGCUUGGGUGCCUCUAAACAUUUUGGCUACUGCAAAUGCUGCAUAAACAAACAAACAAAAAAAGUCUUCUUUAUAAUUUGUUGUAUUACCUUUUAUUAUUCUUUGUAUUAUAAUGUUUUAUACACUUAAAUCGACUGCUGUUGCUUCUAGUGUAGAGUUUAUGACAACCUUUUUUAAACGUAUGUUUUCAAACGUUUUAAAAAUGUUAUCUUGUGGUUGCAUUAAAGAUUUUGUACUAUU